GCCUUCCACCUCGCAAACACUCCCGUAUCCUCACCAUCCAAUUCACUUGACCAGACCACUUGUCUGUCGGUUUCUCACUCAACCUACACCAAUCUCCUUCUCAUCCACCACACAUCAACAUGCUUGAGGCACGUCUCGAACAGGCCAACCUCCUGAAGAAGGUCGUUGAGGCGAUCAAGGACCUCGUCCAAGAUUGCAACUUCGAAUGCAACGACUCCGGUGUCGGUCUCCAAGCCAUGGACAACUCCCACGUCGCCCUCGUCUCCAUGUUGCUCAAGGCCGAUUCCUUCUCUCCCUUCAGAUGCGAUCGCAACAUCGCCCUCGGCAUCAACCUCGUCUCUCUCCAGAAGGUCCUCCGCGCUGCUCAGGACAAGGAUAUUCUGACCCUCAAGGCCGAGGACUCGCCUGACGUUGUCAACCUUGUCUUCGAGAGCUCCGAGAGCGACAGAAUCAGCGAGUACGACAUCAAGUUGAUGGACAUUGACCAAGAGCACCUUGGUAUUCCCGACACCGACUACGCCGCCUCCAUCACUCUGCCCUCGGCCGAGCUUCAGCGCAUUUGCAGAGAUCUCUCUGCUCUCUCAGAGUCUGUCAACAUCGAGUGCACAAAAGAAGGCGUCAAGUUCGGCUGUACCGGUGACAUUGGUUCCGGUUCCGUUACUCUCCGCCAGCACACCAACGUCGAGAAGGAGGACCUGAAUGUCGACAUCCAGCUGUCAGAGCCCGUCUCGCUCACCUUCUCGCUCAAGUACCUCGUCAACUUCUGCAAGGCCAGCGGUCUCUCAAGCAGAGUCAAGCUCUGCCUUUCGACCGAUGUGCCACUCAUGGUCGAGUAUUCGCUGGCAAACAACAGUUACCUCAGAUUCUACCUCGCCCCCAAGAUUGGUGAUGAGGAGUAGAUGCGUAGCACAAAGAAAGAAAGAGCAUGAUUACGGCAUGACAUGGUGUUUCUGGAGUUUUGAUGAUUUGCUUUGGGGAGAGGGUUGCCCUGCUAGUGGCAUCAGCGUGAGGUUUAGAUCGGACGGCCGAUUUUGUCAUUAUACCAAUUCAAAUAAGAUACUUUCAC